UCUCAGGCAGAUCCAUAUGCACCCCAUAACCGGUACUGUCGCAUCUCUCAUCUGAUUUCUUCGUUGGCAGCUGAAAAUUGCGCUCCAUUACUCUCCGCAGCUUCCCUCAAUUUCAAUUUCAUAGCCUUUUCCUUUGAAUCCCAGAGAGAGUAAGCGUCCGCUAGUUUUCAAAGGAGCGAGUAAGCAAGAUGACCACCAUCCGCCGCUUUUGCUGCAACGAUCUCCUUCGCUUUGCCUCCGUCAACCUAGACCAUCUCUCUCAGUUCAAUAUGUCUUUCUACAUGACCUAUCUCGCCAGAUGGCCAGACUAUUUUCAUGUUGCCGAAGGCCCUGGAAACCGAAUCAUGGGUUACAUUAUGGGUAAAGUAGAGGGACAAGGAGAAUCUUGGCAUGGGCAUGUCACUGCAGUAACCGUUGCUCCCGAGUAUCGGCGGCAGCAAUUAGCCAAGAAACUCAUGAAUUUGCUAGAAGACAUCAGCGACAACAUUGACAAGGCUUAUUUCGUUGAUCUUUUUGUGAGAGCAUCAAAUGCACCAGCCAUCAAGAUGUAUGAAAAGCUUGGCUAUGUGAUUUAUCGACGAGUGCUACGCUACUACUCUGGGGAAGAAGAUGGAUUGGAUAUGAGGAAGGCAUUGUCUCGCGAUGUUGAAAAGAAGUCAAUCAUUCCUCUUAAACGACCAAUCACGCCGGAUGAAUUAGAGAAGGUGUAUUGGAAGGGCUAGAAAGUUAAAAUGUUGGCCUGAUGAUGUUGAGGGAUGUCAAUGACUAUAAUGGGUAAGAGGAAGGAGGUGGUGUUCAGUGGUUAUCAUGGUUGCUAUUGUUGGUGCCUGGAAGACAGAGAGAGAAACAAUGAAAGAAGGUGAAGGUUCACCAUUGAUGCUCCAUCCAACGCCGAUUAACCAUAAGUUGAUCCUUUUUGCAUUUUUUAAUUUUUAACUCUUUUGUUUUUUAUAAUGUUUGAUGAUGUUAAUAAAUGGUGGCUACAGGACUUAAAUUGAGUGGGAGUGGUUGCUUUGAAGUGCUUAUAUUUGCACAUAAAUCUUUACAUAUUUUGUGGUCUUUGAUAGUUGCUAAUUAAUGGUAUACUGGUUAGUUGAUAAUA